AUGGCCACCAGCACGAUACGUGUGGGCGCCGGCGCCACGCGCGAAAUCGGCAUGGAUCUGGCCAAUCUGCGCGCCAAGCGUGUAAUGGUCUUCACCGACCCCAAUAUUUUCAAGCUAGCGCCACUCAAGACUGUUGUCGAGUCCCUGGAUCGCGCCAACGUCCCGCACAUAGUGUACAAGGAUGUCCGUGUGGAGCCCUCAGAUGUCAGCUUCCAGCAGGCAAUCGAUGCUGCGAGGAAGUACCAGCCAGACGCGAUUGUCGCUGUUGGUGGCGGAUCCACAAUAGACACGGCCAAGGCGGCCAACCUGUACACGGUAUUCGGCGACGCGCAGCUGCUGGACUUUGUCAAUGCGCCGCUCGGCAAGGGCAGAGCCGUGGACCGGCCUCUGCUGCCACUGAUUGCCGUGCCGACGACCGCAGGCACAGGGUCGGAGUGCACGGGAUCGGCGAUCUUUGACCUCAAGUCUAAGGGUGCUAAGACUGGCAUUGCCGACCGCGCGCUCAAGCCACUCCUGGGUAUUAUUGACCCGCUGAACACGCGCACAAUGCCGCAGCAGGUGCGGCUGGCAUCGGGGCUCGAUGUGCUCUGCCACGCGAUCGAGUCCUACACUGCCAUCCCCUACCACCAGCGUGGCCCAGCGCCCACCAAUCCGCUCCUGCGCCCGGCCUACCAGGGCUCCAAUCCAAUCAGCGACAUCUGCCAAGGCGCUCCACGUUCGGUCGCCUCCGCCGACGACCUGCAGGCGCACGAGGAAAUGACACUGGCUGCCGCAUACGCCGGCAUCGGCUUCGGUAACGGUGGCGUCCAUCUGAUGCAUGGCUGCAGCUACGGUAUUUCAGGGCUCAACAAGACGUACUUCCACCCGGAGUACCCACAGGACCACCCGCUGUGUCCGCACGGCAUCAGCGUGGCUGUCACUAGUCCGGCUGUCGCAGAGUUCACCGGCGCUCUGUUCCCAGAGCGCCAUUUGGAGAUCGCUGAGGUGCUGGGCGCAGACAUCACUCGUGCGCGCAAGGAGGAUGCCGGCGCUGUACUGGCUGAUGCCCUGCGUAAGUUCCUUGAGCGCCUGGGUGUACCCAAUGGCAUUGCCGCCUUCGGCAUUCUUCCGCAGCACCGCGUGCUUAAGCUGUCGCCACGCCAAGUCGGCGCAGAGCAGAUCGCUGCUAUUCUGGAGCGCUCGCUCAAGAAUUACUAA